GUCAUACCAAUCACCUGACUCCGCCAUUCGGAUAUAUACUGCAGCUAGCGGGUGAUUAAUUGUGUUUUGCUAGUAGCGUAAUUGUUCGAAGUGCAGUAAAAAUGGGGAACUUAUUUCGUAGUGAAGAAAUGACAUUAUGUCAGCUGUUUUUACAAAGUGAAGCAGCAUACGCGUGUGUAUCAGAAUUAGGAGAACUUGGACUUGUACAGUUUCGAGAUCUGAAUCCAGAUGUGAAUGCUUUCCAACGGAAAUUUGUGAAUGAAGUUCGUCGAUGUGAUGAGAUGGAACGCAAGCUUCGUUACUUGGAGAAGGAAAUCAAGAAAGAUGGAAUUCCAAUGUUGGACACGGGUGAAAAUCCUGAAGCACCUCAGCCUCGCGAGAUGAUUGAUCUUGAGGCAACUUUCGAGAAACUGGAGAAUGAGUUGCGUGAAGUGAACCAGAAUGCUGAAGCUCUGAAACGAAACUUCCUUGAAUUGACAGAGCUGAAACAUAUUUUGAGGAAGACUCAAGUUUUUUUUGACGAGGCUGAAUACGGCUACUGCUACCCAACAUCCUCCUCCUCGCAGAUGGCGGAUCCCAGCCGGGAGGAAGAGCAGGUCACCCUUCUAGGCGAGGAGGGACUAAGGGCAGGUGGACAGGCCCUCAAACUGGGGUUUGUAGCAGGUGUGAUCUUGAGGGAACGAAUUCCUGCGUUCGAACGCAUGCUGUGGCGAGCGUGCCGUGGCAACGUGUUCCUGCGUCAGGCAGAGAUUGAAUCUCCUCUUGAAGAUCCUUCUAACGGGGAUAAUGUCUUCAAGUCUGUGUUCAUCAUCUUCUUCCAAGGUGAUCAACUGAAGACUCGCGUGAAGAAAAUCUGUGAAGGUUUCCGAGCAACGCUGUACCCAUGUCCUGAAGCGCCUGCUGACCGCAGGGAGAUGGCCAUGGGUGUAAUGACACGUCUAGAAGACUUGAACACUGUUUUGGGUCAAACUCAGGACCAUCGACAUCGAGUCCUGGUUGCUGCUGCAAAAAACAUCAAGAACUGGUUUGUUAAAGUGCGCAAGAUCAAAGCCAUUUAUCAUACGCUGAACCUGUUCAACCUGGAUGUGACCCAGAAGUGUCUGAUUGCAGAGUGCUGGGUGCCUGUUUUGGACCUGGAGACCAUUCAGCUGGCCCUCAGAAGGGGAACUGAACGGAGUGGCAGCUCCGUACCGCCGAUUCUGAACAGAAUGGAAUCAUUUGAGGAUCCUCCAACGUACAACCGGACCAAUAAGUUCACGCACGGUUUCCAGGUGCUGAUUGACUCUUAUGGUGUUGCCACUUACAGGGAGGUGAAUCCAGCCCCGUACACCAUUAUCACGUUCCCAUUUCUGUUUGCCGUAAUGUUUGGGGACCUGGGGCAUGGAAUGAUCAUGGCAAUGUUUGGAGCUUGGAUGGUUCUUCGUGAGAAGCCUCUGGCAGCCAAGAAGUCUGACAGUGAGAUCUGGAAUAUUUUCUUUGGAGGCCGCUACAUCAUCCUGCUUAUGGGCAUGUUCUCCAUGUACACAGGCUUCGUCUACAAUGAUACCUUUUCAAAGUCUUUGAAUGUAUUUGGAUCCUACUGGUCUGUCAAUUACAAUGCGUCGACGGUUAUGUCAAACAAGGAUCUGCAGUUAAAUCCUAGCACCACUGACUACCAACAGUACCCGUAUCCAAUUGGACUGGAUCCCGUGUGGCAGGUAGCAGAAAACAAAAUCAUUUUUAUGAAUGCUUACAAGAUGAAGAUAUCAAUCAUCAUUGGUGUUUUCCAAAUGCUGUUUGGCGUUUGUCUCAGUCUGUGGAACUUCAUAUACUUCCAGAGACGCAUCAGCAUUUACUGUGAGUUCAUCCCUCAAAUCAUAUUUCUGUGCUUCUUGUUCCUGUACAUGGUGAUCCUCAUGUUUGUCAAGUGGACCAAUUAUGGACCAAGCACUGGUGAUGUAAAGACAGGUCCGUACUGUGCUCCAUCAAUCCUCAUCACUUUUAUUAAUAUGGUGCUGUUCAAAACAAAUAGUGCCCCAGCUGUGUGUGAUGCAUACAUGUACAGUGGACAGCAAGCAUUCCAGAUGCUGCUUGUUGUGGUAGCUCUCAUCUGUAUCCCAUGGAUGCUGUUCGCUAAACCAGCGCUGAUCCUGAGAAAUAAACGCAAAAUGCACGUUCCAUUGAACAGUAACCAUCAUAACCAUGCAAUGGGCUCUGAGAACGGAGAUGCGGAGGCAGCCUUGAGCCAGGCUCAGGUUCCCCCUCCACUGCCACCACACAAAGAGGAGGAGGAGCAUGAUGUGGGAGAACUUUUCAUCCACCAGGGUAUCCACACCAUAGAGUAUGUGCUGGGCUCCGUGUCGCACACAGCCUCGUACUUGCGGCUCUGGGCCUUGUCACUCGCACAUGCCCAGCUGUCCGAGGUGCUGUGGAACAUGGUGUUACGUAAUGGGCUAAUGUUUGAAGGCUGGGUCGGAGGCAUUGCCCUCUAUAUCACGUUCGCCAUCUGGGCCACCCUUACAAUUGCCAUCUUGGUUCUUAUGGAAGGCCUGUCGGCUUUCCUCCAUUGCCUGCGACUGCACUGGGUGGAGUUUCAGAGUAAAUUCUACCAAGGAAUGGGCUAUCAUUUUCAGCCAUUCUCGUUUGAAGCAAUCUUGGAUUCUGCUGCCCAAGGCCCAGAAGAAUAGAUAACAAAUGUUCAGUGAAGGAACUGUCUGUAUAGUGGAGCAGCCAUGGGCUGCAUGAUAGUUGCACUGUUAUGGUCUCUGUUUAGUACACUGUAUUAUGAUCAUUAUUGUUUUAACGUGUCUCCUUGAGGUUUGGUGAGGAAAAAGAGAUUGAUCAGAAAGUUUGUACAGGAAAAUUCUGAUUUAAAGUUUCUGUGGACCACAGUGGAUUCAAGAAUUAAACUGAGUAGAACUGUAAGUGGAGUGAAUAUCUUUAUUUUGAAAAGCUAUAUAUAUAUAUAUAUAUAAUUGUAUAAUAUUUAUUUUGAAAAUUCUCGGUCAUAUUAACGGAGAUGAGGGACAGUGCCCAGUGCCCAAAGUAAUUUUCAUGUUUAUUUAACACGUCAUUUCCGGAAACAUUCAAACUUAGGUUUAUUCACUUUUAAAAAAUUCCUGCAAUAAGGACAAGUGGAAUUACCUUUGCCACUUGAUCUAGCUUGUUAGCCCUUUACUUCAAAACAUGAAGUUAUCUAACAUGUUCAUGUGGUCAUCCUUUUCCAUAUCAUAAUCCUUGUUGAAUUCUGGUGACUGGAUCUGUUACCUGUGUUCUGUGAUUGCAUUUAAAUUGUUUUAGUUUUUUUCUCACUAUAAAUCUGCACAUAUGGACAUUUGUAACAAAUAUAAUUUUAUUUGUACUCACAUGUGAACAGCAUAAAAUCACUAGGCUUGAUCCAGGAAACAGAAGUAACAGUGGUUGAAACAGCAAUCCAAAACAAACUUUCUCAUCAAACCUUAUAUGUGGUGCUGAUGAAGGCUGUUCAGUCAUGCAACUGCCAGACAGGAUGCAUGUGGUUUCUCUGCAGUUUCCCCAUUACCUUCUUUCAUGUAGUAAGAAAGUAUUUGAACUGAACUGUUCACAAGUACUUACUAUCACACUGUUAAUGGAUGUAUUGAGGAGAAGGAAGUGGGGUGACUGCUGGUGAAACUUGUGUGUUGAGCUGACUGAAAGAGGCAGGUAGAUUAAUAAACUUUCAUGACAUAGAAUUCCUAGAUCUGAUAAGGGUUAGAUGAUAAGGACAUUUAAUAUUAGUUCUAACUGUAGAAAUGUUGUUACCAUGUAUAUAUACAUAUAAAUCAAGUUGUCGUCAAUACUCGUGUAAAUACUGUCAUCUAUCAGAUUGUAUUUAUGUGUACAGAUGGGAUUACGUGUUUGCUAAAUACAGAAGAGACUGUGUUGUAUGUUGUCAGUUAAGGCAUUGAAGGAGCUUAAGUCAGUUUAAUUUAUAGUGCUGAUUGUAAUUGUCUGCAUUUCAAAAGAAAUAAUAAGAGCCUUCUCCUUAUCACAACUGAAAAAUUUUGAGUGUUAUUUACUUAUCCUGUUACCUGCAAAGUUCAGCCUCACUUUUCAAUGUGCUGUAUAUGCAUCUUCAUUUUUCACGUUUGACAUAAGAUACCUGGUGAACUGUGUGUGGAUAUACAUAGCUCUGGCAGUAAGGCAUUGGCUUAACACUGCAGAUCCUUCUGCUCAGUCCCACGUGAUGUCAUGGGAGGUUUAUGUUGGAAAAGAGUGGCACUGAAACAGGUUUCUGGCUGAGUUUCUUUGGGUUUCUGCUCCUAAUCAUCAGAAAUUGGAGAAAAGCCAGCUCUAAUGCCAUUUGUCUAUCACAUAUCUCACAUGUAGUUACCUGGGCCUCACUACAGGAAAAUAUUACAAAUGCAGGAACAGACAUCUGUAAAUACGGGUGGGUUUUCAUUAGUGUUGUCAGUGUAAGUUUCGAAUCAUGUGUUUAUGUUUUGGAGUCAAGUCAAAUUUAUUCUGUAGUCACUUUAAAUUUCAGAUUUGACAUAAUGUUUUUAAUCAGUUCUGAUUUAUUCACACAGCUUAGAUUUGUUGUUUGCAUUUAGCUUAGUUGUAAUCUUUGAUUAUAAUACAAUUUCUGAACGCACUGUUAGCUUUGUCCUACCCUGUGGCUCAUAUCUGCCAGAGAUCAUUAUGAAAUCUGUAAGUGUAAUAAAAGUAUUCAAAUAAAUGUACCCAAAACUUGAAGUGUGAAAGAAUCCAGUCUACAUAUUUGUAUUUCAAAUAAUUUAUGUCGAUUUUAACAUUUGAAUUUAAUCAAAACUUGGAAGUCUUCGAUAGGAGUUAUGUAAUUUGCAUUUGUGUACAUUCAUGUGUCUUGGACAAAUAAUGAACAUCUGUUAUUUUGUGUCCAAAAGGUGUUUAUAUGCCAGUAUGUGUCAGCAGAAGGUGUACCAAUGUACCAUGUUAUUGACAGUAUUAUUGAGGCUUCGAAUUUUUGCGUGCUGUUCACUGUUCUUGCAGUGAUCAUGUUAUAUGAUCAUGUGUCACAUUCCUUGUUCAUGUAAAGAAAUUGGUUUAAGAGUGAAGACCUUGUACAACAUUGAGUAAAUAAAUCUAAGCAGUUUGUCAACGUA